ACCAGGAAGCAAGGAGUCGCUUUUGUCCCCAGUUCGAUUCAGCAAAGCUAUUUAAAAUUUUAAAUAUAUAUAUAUAUAUAUAUUGCAACCAGGAAAAAGAGAAGACAGAUUCAGUUUUGGGGUGCCUUUGGGGAAUGCGUCCUGGGCUCCCCACUUUGGAGUGCUGUGAAGGAUUGAAUAAUGUGGAUUAUAGCAAGGUGGACUUCUCAGUCAUGACUCUCCUCUUCGAUUCCGUGGAUCUGACUGACUCCAGUUUUGUGUCCGCUGUCCUUUGCAUCGCCUUUAACCCACUUUUUUGGAAUCUGCAAUUUCAUUGUGGCAGCAAUUUCGACUUCCGUUUCUGACACCAAAGGCACCAAUUUUAUGGCUUUGGGAAGCAUGAAUGGGUGCUAUGACAAGGAGUGAGCCAACAACAACAACAAAGAGUUGCUGUGAGUUUUCCAGGCUGUAUGAGUCUGGUCCAGAAGCAUUCUCUCCUGACGUUUCGCCCACAUCUAUGGCAGCCAUCCUCAGAGGUUGUGAGGUCUGUUGGAAACGAGAUGGCCAGAUGGGAGCACAGGACUCAGUCGCUCACCCGCCUCUUCCGGUCUCCGUAUGUGGCUUGCUACUGCUUGGGAGCCACCAUCCUAUUCCUCAAUUUCCUACGGAGUCACUGUUUCACAGAAGCCAUGAAGAGCCAGCCCAAGCUGGAGGUUCUGGAUGGUCUCCUUGGCUACUACGUCGGCAUGGCCUUCGUGGCCGUGGGCUCCCUCUUUGUCAUCUCCAGCUUCCUCGCCUUAGGUUUCUUCGGGACAUUCUUGGGGGACUAUUUUGGCAUCCUGAUGGAAGCAAAGGUGACCGGCUUCCCCUUCAGCGUCUUGGACAAUCCCAUGUACUGGGGAAGCACCACCGUCUACCUUGGAUGGUCACUGAUACAUGCAAGUCCGGCUGGCCUGGUCCUGACGGCGGUGGUGGCCUUGUGCUAUGCCAUUGCUUUGCUCUAUGAAGGGCCUUUUACGGAAGAAAUCUAUCGCCAAAAGGCAAGGAAGAGCAAAUAGCAUCAAACUCUUCUGCGGAGGAGACUCUAAGCAAACGUCCAGCCUGCCUUUGCAAACCGUGCUGCAAAAUGAACGGGGAAAGAAACAAAAUCCAGCCGGACUCUUUCAUUAGGCUUCCCCAAAACUCUUCCAAAGUUUCUUUCCAGCAGUUUCCAGCAGUUUCCAGCAGCUCCCAUUAUAUCCUCAUGAGCCUGAAUGGGUGGAAAACAUACUUGAGCUUGUGUUGUCGAAGCAUUCUGUUCCAGAAGCAUUCUCUCCUGACAUUUCACCCACAUCUAUGGCAGAGGUUGUAAAGUUACCAUCCUUGUGGAAGGCUUCUCUCAUGUCCCCGCAUGGAGCUGGAGCUGAUAGAGGGAGCUCAUCCGCCCUCUCCCCGCGUUGGAUUCAGACCGUCAACCUUCAGGUCAGCAACCCAGCUUUCAGGUCAGCAGUCCUGCCGGCACAAGGGUUUAUUAUUAUUAUUAUUAUUAUUAUUAUUAUUAUUAUUAUUAAACUUUAUUUGUACCCCGUUAGCAUCUCCCAAAGGACUCGAUGCGGCUUACAAAGGCCAAGGCCUCAACACACAAUAUAACAAUACAAAACAAAAAGCAAAUUAAAAACAAUUAAAACAGUAUAAACAACAAGCAAUAACAAUACGCUAAAACACAAUAGAACUGGGCCGGGCCAGAGUAAUGGGUACAAGAUUAAAAGUGCAUGUUAUUUACAACAUUUAUACUCCGCCCUUCUCACCCGAGGGGACUCAGGGCGGCCUACAAAAAUUGUCGAAAAUUUCAUGCCCAAAAAUGCAAUCAUAAAAGCAAAACAAUACAUACAAAUCCAUUAAUAACAUGGUUAAAAUACAUUAUAAAAACCUUAAAAACAUAUAUAUAUAUAAUUAAUUCCAUUCGUCCGAGAUCCUCAUGCUUCAUCCUUAAAUCAGUGGUUUAACCCACUGCGCCACCGGAGGCUCCUAGGGCGAGCUAACAUCUGCCAAAAAAGGAUUCCCCCAUGCAGGAAGCAGCCAGGCUUUGAAUCUGCAAGGCCAUUCCAUGCUAACCAAGGUGAUCAAUUGCAACAUUCACAGACAAGAGUUCUUUCUCCCACCCUGGAUAUUACUCCACAGAGAUAUAUAAACCCCACUUGCCUAGUUUCCAACAGACCUCACAACCUCUGAAGAUAGAUGUGGGCGAAACGUCAGGAGAGAAUGCUUCUGGAACAUAGCCAUACAGCCCGGAAAACUCACAGCAACCCAAUACAUGAGCGUCUCAAGAAAAAGGAGAAUGGGGCAAGAAUAAUACAUGAUUUGUAUGCGAAUGAUCUCUUGCACCAAGAUAUGGACAAAUAAUGUACAGUAGAGUCUCACUUAUCCAAGCAUCGCUUAUCCAAGGUUCUGGAUUAUCCAAGGUAUUUUUGUAGUCAAUGUUUUCAAUACAUCUUGAUAUUUUGGUGCUAAAUUCGUAAAUACAGUAAUUACUACAUAGCAUUACUGUGUAGUGACCUACUUUUUCUGUCAAAUUUGUUGUAUAACAUGAUGUUUUGGUGCUUAAUUUGUAAAAUCAUAACCUAAUUUAAUGUUUCAUAGGCUUUUCCUUAAUCUCUCCUUAUUAUCCAACAUAUUCGCUUAUCCAACGUUUAUGUUGGAUAAGCGAAACUCUACUGUAUAUAUAAACCCCACUUGCCUAGUUUCCAACAGACCUCACAACCUCUGAAGAUAGAUGUGGGCAGAACUUCAGGAGAGAAUGCUUCUGGAACAUGGCCGCACAGCCCGGAAAACUCACAGCAACCUAAUAGUUGAGCAUCUCAAGAAAAAGGAGAAUGGGGUAAGAAUAAUCCAUGAUUUGUAUGCGAAUGAUCUCUUGCACCAAUGUGUAUAUAUGAACAUAAUAAUAAUAAUUAAUAAUAAUAAUAAUAAUACAGUCCUAGACACUU